AUGUCGGGCGAAAAAAGGCCAGCCUCAGAAACUUUCAACCCUACAACCCAGCUCGUCGUGAAAAGACAAAAAUCGAAUAGCGACCUCAAGUCUAAUGCUGUCACACUGCGAUCUGAUCAAAAUGGCACACUCGUACAAGCUAUUCCUAGAACGAGUGGGCUCGCAGCUCCAAUCAUGGAAUUAACAGGCCACUCAGGAGAAGUGUUUGCGACCCGAUUCGACCCUACGGCGCAGAGCAUCGCUUCCGGUUCUAUGGAUCGUUCCAUCAUGCUAUGGCGUACCUACGAACAAUGCGAAAAUUACGGCGUCCUCACAGGCCAUAAAGGAGCAGUGCUGGAUCUACAAUGGUCUCGUGACUCCCGAUUCAUCUUUUCCGCUUCCGCAGAUAUGACCAUAGCAAGCUGGGAUAUCGAGACUGGCCAACGAAUCAGAAGACACGUGGGGCAUGAAGAGGUAAUUAAUUGCUUAGACAUUAGCAAACGAGGCCAGGAACUGCUUGUUAGCGGUAGUGAUGAUGGUUAUAUCGGAAUUUGGGAUCCACGACAAAAAGCGGCGCUUGAUUUUAUCGAGACGGAUUUCCCGAUUACGGCUGUCGCGUUAUCAGAGGCUGGAAACGAGAUCUUUACGGGCGGUAUUGACAACGACAUCAAAGUCUGGGAUAUUCGGAAGAAGGCGGUCGUAUACUCUUUGAUCGGACACAACGAUACUAUAACGUCUCUCCAGAUAUCGCCGGAUUCGCAGACCCUCUUAUCAAACUCUCAUGAUUCUACAGUGCGCACGUGGGACAUUCGGCCUUUUGCCCCUGCAGAUCGCUCGGUACGGACUUUUGACGGUGCACCAGUUGGUAUCGAAAAGAAUCUCAUUCGUGCCAGUUGGGACCCUAAAGGAGAAAAAAUCGCUGCUGGCAGCGGGGAUCGCAGUGUAGUAGUCUGGGAUGCAAAGUCGGGCAAGCUGUUGUACAAGCUACCUGGUCACAAGGGAACCGUGAAUGAUGUGAGAUUUUCGCCAAACGACGAGCCUAUCGUUGUGUCUGGUUCAUCUGACCGAAAUAUUCUGCUUGGAGAACUUGAUACAUCCUCUUUUUUCGAGCAUGACGAGACACCGACAUGGAAGGAAAAGGCGGGCCGAUUUGUGAAGCCUUGGAAAUGGACAAAACGGGCCACAAAUUCGGAAACCACUGCGAAUAUGAAUAUGAAUAUGGAUACAGCUGGCGCCGGACCCUCAGGAGUACCAUCCGUACCAGAUGUUGAAAGUAACAACCACAACAAUAAUGAGACUGCUCCAUCGAGCUCGUCACGACCGUCGCGACCACCACGACGCAGGAGAUAUAUAGAUGGCUGGGUCCGAUACCCGAAAAAUUCGGCUUCAUCCUCCAAUCCUUCAUCAGCAUCCACAUCGACAAUAGCGCCUCCCAGCAAAAUCAAGGAUGCGUACCGAAUCGCGCUCAAGGAUAGACUCGUUCGCAAGCACCUCGUUAUUUGCGCUGUAACAGGGCUGUUGCUCCUCAUGCUAAUUUCUCUAUACCUCGUCUACGCCAUAAGCUUUACAACACUUGAAGGACAGACAUAUCACAUAUUCUUCAUCCUACUCAUUAUGAUUUUCGCCAUGGUGUUUUGCCAUUCUUUCGCCCGCACUUGUCUGCUCGCCACGAAAAUUGCGAGGUAUGGCCCUACUGGUCUGCACCGUGUACCCAGUGUCGUGGGCCCAUUGGGCUAUGCGCAGCCGACGCAUCCAAUCCACGUCGUGCUUGCGCGGGAUGAGGAAAUUGUUACCGAGGGCGCAGCAGCGGAUGGCAGUGAUAAUGUUUCUGCUUCUGCUGCUGCGACGGCGGCGACGGCCAAACUCGCCGCGCCCCCGCCGGCAUAUGGUCUCUGGCGUAGCAGUGUGCGAAUAAACCCAAACCUUCUCUACUGGCAACGCGUCGACAACGCACCUAAACCCGAAACCGUUCCUCACACAAACAACAAUGAACCAGGUCCAUCCACCUCUACCAGCGACUCCUCGUCGCAAUUAUCAUCGUCAACGUCACCGGCAGCAUCGAGGGCAACAACGAUCGCAACAGGGGCGUCAAAUCAGCCUCGUCCACCGAGUUAUGCGUCUGACGAUGGAGUCGAGUAUGUCGUUGAGGCACAACCGCGAUUGACGAUAGCUCAUUAUUCACCGUCUUCAUCUGUGGUGAAACAUGGAUAG